AUGACCAUGUUUGGAGUCGCUUCGAUGCUGUGUCGACUUGGGCUGCGUCCAUAUUCAAGUUCUUCACUAGUGUAUCGUGCGGUGGCCGAUUUCAUGGCGAUUCUGGCCUACGUGAAUUAUGGAAAUAACGAGCAUUUGAGUAGUUACUCGUCGGAACCAGUACUGGAGCUAGAAGCCACAAAGGUGUGGUACAGCUGCAGUCUUGCGUUGUUGAGCUGUAUCCUGCCACAGCCCAAGAAGUUGCUAGUUAACAAGAUGAUGGACAUUGGUGGCGUGGAUGAUGUAAUUGCACGCAUUGCCCUACUUCUCACGAUGGAUUCUUGCGUAGUGGAGACGGAGAUCGCGGCUCAGAAUCAUCACAAUUGUCAGUUCACGGGGCAAUUCGUAAGCGUGGGGCUUUUCAUGAAGGCACUAGUUGGUCCUGAUCCAAAUGUAAAGAUGGAGAGACAAACUACUGAAGACGAGACAACAUCGGCUUCUUUUAAGAGUUGGCAAUCCAAGUGGGACUGCUGGCAACUGGGUUUCUGA